AUGUCCAAAACCAACCACCAAACCCCUGGUCCUAUCCCUGAGGAUCGUUUGAUCCUCAGCCAUGGACACGCCUUCACCAACGAAUCUCAGAACCUUGUCGAUGCCCUCCCCGAUAAAGGCUACUAUGCCCACGGGGUCCUCGUAGAUAUUUGUCAAAUCUUCCGCAACGAGAUCACCAAGCACGCCGGUAUUCAUUCCCAAGAACGCGAACAGGCAGGAUAUCUCGUCGGCUGGCACGACGCCUUCCAUUCUCUUCGCCACCUCAUGUGCGCCCACGAGGACUUCCUCAGGUCAGCGCCGAUCAGCGGUAUCCCCUGCCAGCCCGCUUUUCCAAACUGGCUUUCUCUACAUGAAGCCACAAACCAGGUCAUUGAGCGCGGCAACCUCUUCAUGAUGAAGGGGAAGGACGGCGGUCCGUCCCACGACACACCAGGUCUGUCUUCGCAGCUGCGCGGCGGAAGCGUGGCUGCCAAAGAGCCCAUCGCGGGCACGAGCAGCGUCCUGGAUAUGACCAACGGCGCAACCAAAACACCCAUGAACACCCCGUCUACGCUCAACCACAACUCCCCCACCAACGUCCCUUUCAACGACGGCCAUCCCCUUCUAAGGGACACCGCCGAGGGCAAUCUCUUGAACGCCUUCCCUGUUCUCCGCGAAAUGGACACUUCCCAAAUCCUCAUGCUCUACGAGCGCGAAGCCCGUCUCUCCGAGCACAAGAUGGCCGCCGAGCUAGCCAAAACGAACCUCCUGCGCCAGAUCAUCUUCGAGGACCGCUUCUCCGAGGACGUCCCCUCGUUUUUCAACUCUCCCGGCGUCUCGAAGGGCAAGAACACGAAAUUCUACGACUUUGGCACCGAAAUCAACCAUUCUUUUUUCGGCGAGCAGCAGCAGAACCGCGCCAUUCGGGCGGUCAGACGCAUUCUCCGGAACUGGCGCCUAAGCGAUGUGCCUCUUGAACCCGUCGUCCCAGAGGAGCAACAGGCUCCCGUGGAGGUGUCCGAGCUGGAUGCGGGACCACCCCUGGCGAGGCAGAUGCCUGGCUGCCGUGAAAAGCCCAUGGGUCUUCCGAUGCGCGAAGAGACGCUGUAUCGAAGCACGCCGACCUUUGGCCCCGUCACGCGCGAGAAUGCGCUUCAAGUGCCAUCUACCUUGCCCACGGAAUCUUCAUCCGGCAGUCGGAAAAACGCCAUUGAUGCUACGUUGGCAUUCUCAAAGCUUCAGCGUCUGAGUGAGUACUCGCUCGUUGGUGAUCCGGCCUGCGAAUCAACUCUUCUCGCAAUGCAGGAGGAGCCUGACGACAUCUUCAUGGCUGGUGGUCGAUCAUGCUCUGAAACCAGCGACAACGAACCCGGGAGCCCAUGUGCCUGGCCCACCAGUGUAUCCGUCGUGACGAAGCCUCGCGCUGGCGAUGGAAAGUGGACACGAUCCAGCAACAAUGCUGCAUCGGCCUCGAUGUCCUCGACGCCGUCCGUCAUGUACAAACGCGCCAGCCACCCGGGCUCGAAGCUCGGUCAGGUUUCAGACCAUCCCAAGGAGGCCGACCCGUGGAACGAACAAGGGAGAAGUGGCUGGGGCCGAGUUCGCCGGUGCAUAUCCAUAGAUGAUUUGCUGACGUCCGACGACAAAUCGAUUUGGUGUGUCGCAGUUGGGGAGAAAUCAUCUAGCCAGGAAGCGCAUCGCCGGGAGAGAACGGCGGAACCGAAGAUCCACGAGCCGGGUUAUGCCUCACCUCGACAAGCGUCGUCGGACACCCUUUCCGGCGUAAACCGAUUCGUAGAUGCCAGCAAGUCGCUUCCAAGCGAACCACAGCCGGCAGAGCUGGGCACACUCAGUAGCCAACCCGGCUCUGAUGCUGAAUUAGCGGAGAGAAAGGAUUACCUCCGUCGCUGGGUAAAUGGUCCAGCUUCGCCAAAGGCAUCGGUGCCGGCUUCGCACAGAUCCAACCAGAUGCCGAGCAACACGGACUCGGAUUCGCGCAAUCGCCAUUUCAGCCUUCUGCCAGAGUCGUCAGCCAACUGCGAGACCUCCUCUCGAGUUCCACGCGGGGACGAUCUGGAGUACACCGCCGUACCUCCACCGAGCCCCCGGCCCGCGUAUGCUGCGUCGUCGCACUACUGGGGCCAGCCCUCGACGGCUUCCACCAUUCGUAUCCCGCCCGUGAGUCGCGUUAACUCGUCUUCGACAAAGUUCUCCUUCGAUGACGACGACGGCGGCGGUCAGGCCGUACCUCCUCCAGCUGCGGCGUACCAACCCGGCGACCAAGCACCUCGAGUGUCCAUGAACCAUCGUCGGACCCAGGUAUCGAUGGACUCUUACGGACACAACCCUUAUCACAACCAUGCCGAAGCGGCACCCGCCCUUUCCGGCCCGAAUGGCCUCGCUCGAGUAACGCCAAGCUACACCGUUCCCGCACGUAAGCCUCUGCAGAAGCGGCAGUCCGACGCAGACAAACGGUCCUCAGCAGGCGAUGCGUACGACUUUCGAGGACACAAAUCUUCGGACAGCGACUGGUAA